AUGCGGACGCCGGCGGAGAUGAUCGUGGGGCUGGUGCUGUGCCCCUGCGGGCUCCUGCUGACACUCACGGGCACGCUGGCACCCAGCUGGAGGCAGGUGAGCCUCGUACCUGACCAGCCCAUGGACGUCAUUUGGGAGCAGGGCAUCUGGGACAUAUGCAGGGAGCGGCAGAGCACCCACGACCGCCUCUGCGGGCAGGCCGACGAGCUGGGCUACUUCGAGCAGGUGCCCGUGCGGGUGGCCCAAGGGCUGAUGCCCUCCUCGCUCGUGGUCACCCUGGUGGGCUUGGUGGUGGCUGCCCUGGGUGUUCGCUGCUGGCAGCCCGAGCCCCGGCACUUGGUGGCCGGCGUGGCAGGGCUGGUCCUGCUCCUCUCCGGGCUGAUGAGCCUCGUGCCCAGCUCCUGGUACACCCAGGAGCUGUGGGCACUGCCUGCCCCGCCUGGCAGCACGCUGACCGUAGGCUACAGCUUGGUGCUGAGCUAUUUGGGAAGCUGUCUGGAAAUCCUGGGGGGGCUGGCCCUCGCCCUUAGCUUCCAUCACUGCUGCAAGGAGCGCAGAGCUCCCAAAUUUCCCCCCACCCCUGGGACAGAGGCUGGCUCGGGCUCCAGUAGAGCUUACAACAAUCCCUGGGAUGUGCUGGAGGAUGAGAAAGAUGGACAGCGCUGGGGGAGAAGCCCACCUUGUGACUCUGACUUGUAG